CUGUUCUCGCUUCAGAUGGAAACUGUGGUCCCUGUCGAGUCAGUCAGUGAGAGGAUGAGGAGGACGACGAAGGUCGGCCUGUCGGCCUUCAUGCUGUUCUGUCACGUCGCUGCAGAAGUGAUAAAAGUGGAGGAAAAGGCCUCGGCCUUUCUGCCCUGUCCUCACCCUGUGAGGGGGGGGAUCUGGAGCAGAGACGUUGAUGGAAAGGAAGUCAACAUACUGACAGCUGGUGAUAGGGACAUCAAACACAUGGAGGACCCACACAGACGAUACAGUUCACAGGCAGAUAAGUCUCUUCAUAUCCUCAGAGUCACCACCUCAGACUCUGGGACAUACUUCUGUAACGGAGAAGCUGUGGAGCUGAUUGUGAUCCCACCAGAAACCGCUGUUCGUGAAGCUGAGGAGGGGACACGAGUCACUCUGACAUGUCCUCCUGAUGAUGGACCACAGACUAAGACCUGGAGCACCGCUCACACUGGUGCAAUAACAGGCCAGCAAGGGUUCCAUGUUUCACCUGCUGACCAGACGUUGACCAUAACGUCCGUGAAGAUGAACCACUCUGGACUUUACGACUGUGAUGGGAAACCUGCUGUGUAUCUGCAUGUGACCAAAGGUAAAACCACAACCUGCAAACCUAUAACAAGUGUGACUACAGACACGACCACCACCAAGAAAAAGGGACGCAACAAGAACAAAACAACAACGACCUCAACCAGCAGAAGACAAGAAACCAGAACGAGUGCAGCAUCGACACCGGGGGGGGGACACACAGAGAGAGACUCCCCUCCUGGUUUGGUGCUUGGAACAGUCUCCCCCAUCAUCAUCGUCAUCAUCAUCAUCAUCGUCAUCAUCAUCAUCAUCGUCUUUGCUUGGAGACGAAGGCUUAAAAGACGAGGACGUGCAGAAACAUGCAACAUCUAUGAGGAGAUACAGGAAAGACUUGUGAUGACAAGCGGAGGAGGAAGCCGGGCUGGAACAACAGCUUCAUACUCCAAGGCAGAGUGGACAGAUCUGCCACAGCUCCCUGAAAACCUGUAUUGUUUGCAGGAGAAACCCAAAGAACCUGCAAAGAACACAGACGGCCCUCUUUAAGUCCUCCGCCUGGGUCAGAGGCUUCAGACGCGGCGUUUAGGUGGUCUGUUGCAGAGAAGAUCAUAUUUCUGUUUGUUUUUUGAAGUAAUACAAAAUUACUCUUCAUAAUCAUCUAAAAGAAAUGCAUGAAUAGAACCAAAUUUAAGGCCAAAGAAAAUCAAAAAAUUUUGGUUACAAUAUUUGUUGAAAUAAAAUGUAUUAUCCGCUCCAUAAAUAUAGAUAUUCAGAACCAAAGAUCCAAAUUUAAGAUGAAGGCCACAAACCUUCCGUGAGAUGAAUCAGCUGUGAACAGAGAAGCUCUCUGGAGGAAGUGGGUCAGCUUUCGGAGCGUUGGUUUUGGUUUCUUCUUCUUGAGGAGGACGUUGUGGACGUACAGAGGGAAGGACUCGACAGAUGAAUACGUGAAGUUCCCGCGGUCUGAAUUAUACAGAAACAUCACCCAGCUCGUAAUACAAGUUGGAGCUUUGGCUCAUGGUGGUCAUCUGAUGAUAAAGACGUUUGUGCGUCAAUGUUUGGCUGAUAUCAGCCUGAAACUUCCCAACAUGAUUAUUUUUAUUAAUAAAAUGAUUUAGCCUAUUA